AUGAAUUAUUCAAAUUUAAUAAUAUCAAUAAAUUUUUUGUUAUUAUUUUUUAUUACAACAUUAAAUAGUGAAUCAAUCUUUAAAUCAAUUUAUCAAACUGGAAGUAAUUUUGAAAUUAAAUUGACUCAACCAUUAUAUUUAUUUAAUAUUACAAGUUUAGAUAAUUUAUAUUAUGAUUAUGAUUUUAAUGGUACAUCAGUUUUAAAUUCAUGUAUUUUUAAUUCAAAUUAUUUUUCUUUGAAUUUAUCAAAAUUAAAAAAUGUUGAUCAUAGUUUUCCAGAUCGUGACUCUAUGACAAAUAUUGAGCACCUUUUUUCAAUUUGUUCCGAACUGUCUUCCUAUAGCAGUCAAUCUGGUUUUAUUAAAAGUGAAAGAAAGGAAUUUGUUGCAACUGGAGAUUUAAAUAAAGAAAGUUUUAAAUUUGGUAGACUUGGUGUUGAUAAUUAUGCAUUGAAAUUAACAUAUUCCAGUAAUAAUUUGUUUUAUUGUGAAAGAUAUGGUGGUACCACUAGAAAUUAUUAUUUUCAAUGUGAUGAAAAUCAAGAAUUUAACUUUACUGCACCAUCUGUAAAUUUUUAUGAUUGUAAUGUAGAUGUUUAUAUUAAAACAAAAUAUGUAUGUCCAUAUAAAAAUACCAAAAAAACACCAAUUAAAUAUUCAUUAGUUCAACCAAAUAUUUUACGUUUUACAAUGGAUGAAAAUUCUUCAAUUUUAAUUUCAGUAAAUAAUGGUAAUGCAAUUGAAUCUUUACCACCAAUCAAGCCAAUAAUCUAUAGUUGUGAAAACAAUGGUGGUGAUAUUAUUACAGUAAAUGGUUUAUUUUUUGAAAAUUUUUUAUCAAAUUAUACAUUAAAUUUCGAACCGUUUCUGAUAGACAUAUUUGAUCCAUCAGUAAUAAUAUCAUUCAAUUCAACAACAUUGGUAGUAAACUCUACAGGUUAUGUUGAUAAUUACUUAAUUAUUUCUUUCUUUUAUUAUCAAUCUGAAAGAUUUCCAAUUUUAAAACCACAACAGCAAAUGGAAUUAAGUUCAUGUGGAAUUUAUUUAGAAGCCCCAAUCUAUCCAUAUAAAAGAUCAAAUGCAUUACCGUUACCAACUAAUUUUCAAAAAGUUAAUAUCAGUGGUAAUGAAAUAUUCGAAUUUAAUGGUAAUUCAAUAGUAUCAAUAAGUGGCCGUUUUAUUCCAAAAAUAUACGAUAAUCAAGCAUAUAUUAUAGGAAAAUUAGAAUUUUUAAAUGGUACAAUAUGUAUAUUGGAUUAUAAUACUUUGAAUAAUAGUGUAUUAACACAAGGUAAAUUCAAUAUUCCAAGUGGUUAUGGUAAUGGUAAUUUUUCAAUUUAUAUUAAAGAUAAAUUGGUUCAUUCAAAUGCAUUUACUUAUCAACCACCAUCAAAGUGGAUUUCAUCAAUCACUCAAAAUCAAGAAAAGGUACAAUUACAUCUUUCAUUUCCAUUUUCUUUAUUACAAAUAACAAGUAUUAAAUAUAAUGAUAAAAAUGGAAAAGAUUUAGACUAUACUUUAAUUGAACCUAAUAUCAUUUCAUUGACAUUAAAUACAUAUUCUACAAAUGUACUUUCAUUUAAUAAUGAUUAUCAUAUCGAAACUUUAACAAAUGGGUUAAACUUUCGUCCAAUUAUUUAUAGCUAUUUUAGUAAUUCAAUUGAAAAUGGUACGAAUAUAAUAAUGGAGGGUCUCUUUGUAUCAAAAUUUGACGAUUAUUCAUAUACAAGGGUACCAGAUCUCACAAUUACAAGCGAGCAAGACCAACUAUUGUUUACAUGUAGUAAUUGUUUAGGUGGAUAUAUCAAUAUAAAUGAACCAGAAAGUAAUCAAGAUUCUCAAUUCUCUCAAAUUGGUACAAUUGUAAAACAAUUUAAUACAAAUACAAUUUUAAAUAAAUACAAUGCUUUUACAUUUACCAAAGACUCAAAAACAAUAUUUAUACAACCACCAUUACCUUCAAAUGUAAAAAUUGAUGGAGGUUUAGCUCAAUUUUCAACUUUCAGUAAUAAUAAUAUUUUAGUUAGUGGUGAUUUUUUAUUGGAUAUAUUCAAUCGUUUUGAUUAUACAAAUUUCCAACUUCAAUUUGAUAAUGGUACAAUUUAUUCACCAAAUAAACAGAUUUUAUCAAAAUCAGAUCAAAACUAUGUUUAUCAAUUAAAUAUACCAUUUGCAUAUGGAUCUGGUAAUUUUAGUGUAUUUUCUACUCUAGAAAAUGGUAGAAAGUUUAUUAUAAAUUCAACUCCAUUCAAUUAUCCAAAAACACCAAUAAUUAAUUCAAUAUCAAAAAUUAAAGAUGGAAAUCUUAAAAUAAUUGGAGAUGGUUUCUUUGAUGUAGUUGUUUUUGGUUCUUUUAAAACAACAUUUAAAAAUAUAACAACUGGUCUUUUUUCAGAUACAAUCGAAUGUCAUUCUCAAAUAACUCAACAUCAAAACAUUAUUUGCCAAUUUACAAUGAAUCAAAACUUUAGUUUAGUAUAUUCUCAAGAUACUCCGAUUACAAUACAAAUUAAAAGCUCCAAAUACUCACAGCACCAAUUUGAACCAGUUUAUACCCAAACUUUUUUCAAUAAUUCAAAUCCAAAUUCUAAUUCAAAUUCUAAUUCAAAUUCAAAUUCAAAUUCAAAUUCAAAUUCAAAUUCAAAUUCAAAUUCAAAUUCAAAUUCAAUUUUAAUUUCAAAUUCAAAUUCAAAUUCAAAUUUAGUUUUCUCCAAAUUUGUAGCAACUAUUUUUAUUUUAAUAUCAAUAUUGUUUCAAUAA